AUGAUUUGCCUCAUUGUUUUCGCACUACUUGGUACAGCCCUCUCUGCUGUUCUGGACCCUUCUCUAACCGAAUGGAGACUCUUGACUCAGAACGAAGAACGAGUCAUGUUUCCCCUAAAAGACUACAUCCUGGAGGUCAAAGCAUUCCGUCCUGAUGUCUACAACACUUACCCAUCUUAUGGCGAACUCUUCCGAACUGACAAAGCAACCACUAUGAUGAUGUUACUUCAAUCUGGAAACUGGAACAAUAAAGUCGGUCGUUUGGUGUGGAAUACCAUCAAAUACGACAGAGGAUUUGAUGUUAACGUUGAAGAAUGUAAUGCUAGAUAUCAAGCUUACAAAAGUUUCCCUGCCGGAGGGAAGAAGGAACAGAUCUGGGCAUGGAACUUCAAUCAAGAUGAUGUUGAACUGACAUGUGACGGAGAACUGCAAUACUCUCAACAUUUCGACGAGGAGAAGUUAAUCCCAGAAAACCAGGUCUGCCACAAAGCUGUCGUGCACUUGGAAAUGCUGAUGUAG